AUGACAAGAAUUUGUGUCGCUCUCUUAUUCGAUGGAUAUCAGCGAGAACUAAGGGAUGCUGUUUCAAGCGUUUCAGUGAACCAUACAAACCAUGGUCAUGGAGAACACGGACAUACAACACAAACACCAACACAAAAAUCCACAACUGGGACAACAAUUCAACCCUCCACAACACAAUUAUCAACAACUCCUCCAACACGAUCAACGAUUUCAACAUUACAACCAACUAAACAAACAGCUACAAAACAAUCAACAACUGGGACGACAAUCCAACCUUCCACCACUCAAUCAUCAACCACAGCACGACAGACAACAACGACACAACCAAAGAAAACAUGGUCACCCUCCACCACCCAAUCAUCUACAACAUUACCAUCAUCAACAAACUCUGUAACAAAGCCAUUACCAUCAAAACCCCUGCCUUCAACAACGCAACCAUCAACGACAAUACUACCAUCUACAACUCAGGCUUCAACAACGUUAAAAUCCUCAACAACAAAGGCAACGACACAUAUGCCAACUACAUCACAACCUACAUCAACAAUGAAGUUGACAACAAAAAAACUAAUUACAACUGCAACAACUCCCUCAACAACAGCGGCAACUACAACUAAACCUACAACAACAAAGGAGUUUACUACCAGACCGACGACAACAGAAUCAGCCUUAUCAACGUCAACAGCACUACCAACAACAACUGAAAGAUCUGAAUGUCCCUGUACAUAUUACAAUACAUUUAUAACUCUGCCAGGAAUCGGCACAAUGCAUUGUGCUAACCCCGACAGAAGGCGCUGUAUUGAUGGGAGCUGUUAUUGCGUGGCAGAUCCAGACGCUCCGUAG